CAUGCAGGAAUCUGCUGCAUCUUAUUUCAUUCCCAGCGCUGCCCGGGGAACACAACCAAAGCAGCUUGGGGACUUAGGGGCCACGAUUCACAAACUCCAGCCGGGUUCUGACCGAUGGCCCUGUGGAUCCAGGCCCAGCAGCUGCAGGGAGAGGCCCUGCGCCAGAUGCAGGCGCUGUACGGCCAGCACUUCCCCAUCGAGGUGCGGCAUUACCUGUCGCAGUGGAUCGAGAGCCAGGCAUGGGACUCCAUCGACCUCGAUAACCCCCAGGAGAACCUCAAAGCCACCCAGCUGCUGGAGGGACUGAUCCAGGAGCUGCAGAAGAAGGCGGAUCACCAAGUGGGCGAGGACGGGUUCUUGCUGAAGAUCAAGCUGGGGCACUAUGCCACACAGCUGCAGAACACGUACGACCGGUGCCCCAUGGAGCUGGUGCGCUGCAUCCGUCACAUCCUGUACCACGAGCAGCGGCUGGUUCGGGAGGCCACUAACAGCCCCUCCCCAGCCAGCAGCCUGGCGGACGCCAUGUCCCAGAAGCACCUGCAGAUCAACCAGACCUUCGAGGAGCUGCGUCUCGUCACCCAGGACACGGAGAACGAGCUGAAGAAGCUGCAGCAGACGCAGGAGUAUUUCAUCAUCCAGUACCAGGAGAACAUGCGCCUGCAAGCCCAGUUCUCCCAGCUCUCCCAACUGGGCCCCCAGGAGCGCAUGUCCCGCGAGACGACGCUGCAGCAGAAGAAGGCGUCGCUGGAGGCCUGGCUGCACCGGGAGGCCCAGACACUACAGCAGUACCGAGUGGAGCUGGCGGAGAAGCACCAGAAAACCCUGCAGCUGCUGCGCAAGCAACAGACGACCAUCCUGGACGACGAGCUGAUCCAGUGGAAGCGGCGGCAGCAGCUGGCGGGGAACGGCGGGCCCCCCGAGGGCACCCUGGACGUGCUGCAGUCCUGGUGUGAGAAGCUGGCCGAGAUCAUCUGGCAGAACCGGCAGCAGAUCCGUCGGGCCGAGCACCUGUGCCAGCAGCUGCCCAUCCCGGGGCCCGUGGAGGAGAUGCUGUCCGAGCUCAACGGCACCAUCACAGACAUCAUCUCCGCCCUGGUGACCAGCACCUUCAUCAUCGAGAAGCAGCCCCCCCAGGUGCUGAAGACGCAGACCAAGUUCGCGGCCACGGUGCGGCUGCUGGUGGGGGGGAAGCUGAACGUGCACAUGAACCCGCCCCAAGUGAAGGCCACCAUCAUCAGCGAGCAGCAAGCCAAGGCCCUGCUGAAGAACGAAAGCACCCGCAACGAGAGCAGCGGGGAGAUCCUGAACAACUGCUGCGUGAUGGAGUACCACCAGGCCACAGGCACCCUGAGCGCCCACUUCAGGAACAUGUCCCUGAAGCGCAUCAAGCGCUCGGAUCGGCGCGGCGCCGAGUCGGUGACCGAGGAGAAAUUCACCAUCCUCUUCGAGUCGCAGUUCAGCGUCGGUGGCAAUGAGCUGGUCUUCCAGGUCAAGACGCUGUCCCUGCCCGUGGUGGUGAUUGUGCACGGGAGCCAGGACAACAACGCCACGGCCACCGUGCUCUGGGAUAACGCCUUCGCCGAGCCGGUGAGCAGCCAGCGCCGCCGGGGGCAGAUUCCCACACCCGGGGGGCCUGCCCCCCUUCACUUGGGGCCCAGAUCUGCAGUGCCCUUAGCCCCCCCACAUCAGCAGUGUCCAGGCUGCUCCGGCACGGCCGUGGAUUGCUUUUACCCUGCGGGCCGGGAGAGAGCCCCGUGGCGUGGCACGGCUCGCAGGCCAGGCCAUCACUGCUUCGCAUUGUUCUUCACCCAGGAGAAUUUACCCGGCUGGAAUUACACCUUCUGGCAGUGGUUCGACGGGGUCAUGGAAGUGCUGAAGAAGCAUCAGAAGCCUCACUGGAACGACGGGGCCAUCCUGGGCUUCGUCAACAAGCAGCAAGCGCACGACCUGCUGAUCAACAAGCCGGACGGGACCUUCCUGCUGCGGUUCAGUGACUCCGAGAUCGGGGGCAUCACCAUCGCCUGGAAGUUCGACUCGCCCGACCGCAACCUGUGGAACCUGAAACCCUUCACGACCAGAGACUUCUCCAUCCGCUCGCUGGCCGACCGCCUGGGCGACCUCAGUUACCUCAACUACGUGUUCCCCGACCGGCCCAAGGACGAGGUCUUCUCCAAGUACUACACGCCGGUUCUCUGUAAAGCCGUGGAUGGCUACGUGAAGCCCCAGAUCAAACAGGUGGUACCAGAGUUUGCCAGCGCCUCUGGGGAUCCCGCCGCCGGAACGGUCACCUACAUGGAUCAGGCGCCGUCGCCGGCCGUGUGCUCCCAACCGCAUUACAACGUCUACCCACAGAACCCCGACUCUGUGCUGGAUCCCGAGGGCGAGUUCGACCUGGACGACACGAUGGACGUCGCGCGACACGUAGAGGAGCUUCUGCGGCGGCCCAUGGACACUCAGUGGAUCCCCCACAGCCAGUCGUGACCCUGUGCCGUGGUACGGCCCGGCCCGGCAGCCGUGUCCCUGGGAGCCGAUCCGGGGAGCGUGCCCCGUGGAGAGCAGCCCAGUGUUCGUGUCUCUGUGCGUGGGCCCAUGUGUGGGGGGUGCUCAUCCGGGGGCUUUGCUCUGCGCCAGCUGCAGCGGUGUUGUUGUUGGCUGCAUCUGUGGGGGCCCCAGCAGCUCCUGGCUCUGGCAGGGCCCCUCCUACUCGCGCAGCGCUCCUCCCCAAAUCCUUCCCUGCACUGGCAGGGCCGCCCCGUGCCAGGCCUGAGCCAGGUGGGUGCUGGUGUUGGGCAGGCCACUGGGGGCAUGGCAGGGUCCCGGUCUAGCUAGUGUCCCCUGGCUCCACUGGCAGAACCGCCUCUCUCUGGGCGUGGGGAACGCGGCCCGGCCCAGCCUCACCCCUUAGCAGCCGCGUUUGUUUCUUUAUCACUAUCGUGCCCGGCCUCGUUCCUGGCCCCCCCCCCACCCCGUUUGGUCACAGCCCCCUGCCCCUGACACGCACUGUGUUAUCCCAGCGUGCCCCCGCCCCAAGAGCCAGGCAGGGGUUGAAAAGCAAGAGGCAGCCCUGGGGCAGCCCCUGUUCUGGGAGGGGAACACUGGGCAGCAGGCUGGGGAGGGACAAGCAGGGGUCUGCCCCCCUGGGCUCAUCCCUCCCCUCAUGUUGGCCCCUGGUGACACCCCGUCCUUGUGGCAUCAGGGGAGGGUGGAUUCCCUUCUUGUGGCAGCCAUUGCUUUCGGCUCUCCACCCCAUUGUUCUCGUGACCGACCAGGUAAUAAAACGGAUGGUUUUUAAAGGCA